UUUAAGAAACGUCCUAACCCACAAUUUAAGAAGAAGGGAGGCAACAAAAAAGGAAAGUGGCAUAAUUCUAGUCGUGAACAAUCUUUUGGAAAUUCUAACGCUUCAGAUACUGUUUAUCGGAUACUCUGUCAUUCUAGAAAGAUUGGCAGUGUUAUUGGAAAAGGUGGAAGCAUAGUCCAAGCCCUUAGGGAAGAGACCCUGGCAAAGAUUACGGUUGCUGAUUCUGUCCCCGGAUCAGAUGAGAGAGUGAUAAUCAUAUAUAGUCCUUCUACAAAGAUUUAUGAAAAACACAACAGUGAUGAUGAUCAGGAUGCAGCCACAGACAAAGAAGGUGAUCCCACGGAGCCACAUUGCCCGGCACAAGAUGCUCUCUUGAAAGUUCAUGACAGAAUUAUUGAGGAAAACCUUGUUGGUGGAAUGGAAGAUGAAGAUGGUAAUGAAAAUGUAGUCACGGUCACUGCACGCCUUCUUGUUCCAAAUAAUAUGGUAGGAUGUCUUCUAGGAAAAAAAGGGGAUGUCAUUCAGAGAUUGCGAAGUGAUACGGGCGCAAGUAUUCGUGUUCUUCCGGCAGAACAUCUUCCUUCCUGUGCUGAGAGCACUGAUGAAUUAGUGCAGAUAUCAGCAAAACCAGCAGCUGCGAAGAGGGCCCUUUAUGAAGUUUCCACUCUAUUGCAUCAGAAUCCAAGAAAGGACAAACCUCCUUCGAGCUUCCCCAUGCCCCAUCGGGGCCAAGGUUUUCAUCCUCCUGGUCCUCCUAUGGCAAAUAUGCCCCCACCAGGAAAUCCUAUGUGGUCUCAGCGGCAUUCUAACUCCCAUGAUAUGCCACAAAUGCCUUGGAUGGGAGGAUAUGGAAACCAGCCUUCUCCAUUUGGGCCAGGUGGUUUCGAUGGUGGUCCUCCUAUGCACGGUGGUGAAGUUCCAAGUGAAUUUUCUUUGAAGAUCUUGUGCUCAGCUGGGAAAAUUGGUGGAGUCAUUGGCAAGGGAGGCUUCAACGUAAAACAGUUACAACAGGAGACAGGAGCUAGUAUUCAUGUCGAGGAUGCAUUGGCAGAGUUGGAGGAACGUGUGAUUCGUGUUUCUUCUUUUGAGGCCCUGUGGAACCCAAGAUCACAAACUAUUGAGGCCAUUCUUCAGCUUCAAAACAAAACAAGUGAAUUCUCUGAAAAAGGAAAUCUUACUACAAGACUUCUUGUUCCAUCAAGUAAGGUUGGCUGCAUUCUUGGACAAGGAGGUCAUGUAAUCAAUGAGAUGAGACGGAGAACCCAGGCAGACAUACGUGUUUACUCCAAGGAAGAUAAGCCCAAAUGUGCAGCCGAUGAUGAAGAGCUUGUACAGAUAUCUGGAAACUUUGGUGUAGCGAAAGAUGCUCUGGCAGAAGUUGCAUCAAGACUUAGAGCACGAUGUCUGCGAGAUGCCAAUGCUGGAGCUGAACCUGCUACAGUUGGGCCAGUUAAGGGAUUUGGUCCUGCAGGCAGUUUACCUGGUGGAGGGCCACGUCCGUCUGGCCCCGUAAGACCUGGUAGCUCUAGUGGAUUUGAAUUUGCACAGGGAGGUGGACAUGAGUACGAACAUUCAAGUUAUCCAGUUCCUCCAAGUGCUACUACUGGAUAUCCUAAUAUCAACAGUUCUAUGGCUAUGAAGAUGCCAAACAAUGCCGUAGGUUCUGUAGUUGGAAGAGGAGGGAGCAACAUGAGUGAGAUUGCCGGAAGGAGGUUGAAGCUCCAAGAUCCUCAAUCAGGUGGUUCUGAAUGUGUCGUUGAGAUUCACGGGUCUUCUGAGCAUUUGAAUGCUGCCCAAAAUAUUCUUCAGUCCUACAUUUCUUCAAGUGGACAAAAAAUCAAUCCUCCUCAAGGUUCCUAUCAAAACUUCAAUACUCAGCAAAACACGUAUCCAAAUAUCAACACUCCGCAAAACCCCUAUCAGAACAUGAAUACCCCACAAACGACGCACUACCAGAACAUGAAUACCCCACAAAUGCCGUACCAGAACACGAAUACUCAGCAAGCCCCGUACCAAAACAUGAAUUCCCUGCAAGCCCCGUACCAAAACAUGAAUUCCCAGCAAGGUUCAUACCAGAAUGUCGUUUCACAAGGUUCGUACCAGUACUGACACUAGAAUUGGGCAAAUUUUGUACCAUAAUUUGCUGUAGUGUUUCAUAAUUUUCAUAUUUGUCGCUGGCUUAUAUAUUGAUUGGUGCUUAGAGGUAAUUGGAGUUUAUUCACCGACUUUGAGCGAGUUUUUUUUUUUGUCAUGGAUAACAUUUUCUACUGUGCUGGCUGGGGAAAAUUUAGAAUGUAUGUAUUUUCACAGUCGUGAUGCUUAGAUUAUCUGCUUUUAACUAUCUCUGAAUUUCUGUAUAGACAAAAAUCUAGUUGUUGAUUUUCA